AUGGCUCAAGUCUGGCUCAUUACUGGCUGCUCCUCAGGCUUCGGCAGCGAGUUCGUCACUCAAGCCCUUUCCCGCGGGGACAAGGUCAUCGCGACAGCACGCACCGUCGCCAAAAUCGCCCAUCUCCGCGACGCAGGUGCUUCAAUCAUGCAGCUGGACGUGACAGCCUCCCAGGAAGAACUGGAUCAUAAGGCGUCUGACGCGAUCGCUAUCUACGGGAAAGUUGAUAUUCUCGUGAACAAUGCAGCAUACACGCAGUUCGGCACAUUGGAGGACAUGAACCCUGGAGAUUACCUCUCCCAAUUCGCCACCAAUGUUUUCGGAACAAUCACCGUCACCAGAGCAUUCCUGCCGCAUUUCCGUAAACGCAGGGAAGGCGUCAUUGUUAACAUUGGCUCGAUGGCCGCGUGGGAGACGUACCCUGCCGUCGGGGCGUACUGCGCCUCCAAGGCUGCGCUGCGCUAUGCAACGGAGGCUCUCGAUCAAGAGACUGCUUCGAUCGGAAUCAAAACGCUCUUAGUGGAACCCGGCCAGUUCCGAACUGAGCUCCUGAGCGCCAAGAAUAGCAUGUUCGCUGAGACUAAAUUCCCUGAGUAUCGGGAGUUGACCGAGGCUUCGUUCAAGUCGUUCCGCGAGGCGAACGGGAAGCAGAGAGGUGACCCCAAGAAAGGCGUUGCGCGGGAGAAUGCGGCCAAGGGGAAAGAGUGGCCCAAGGAGCUGGCGCUCGGGCCCGAUGCGGUGGCAGCCAUUCGGAAGAAGUGUCAGGAAACGUUGAAGAAGCUGGAAGAGUGGGAGGAGUUCUCUUGUGGGACGGAUAUCUAG